UUUCCACCCCGGAUUUUCCAGCCCGCAACUCUCUCGACCUCACAAUCUAGACCAUGUUGCAGCUGGCCUGGAGAGCACGGCCGCUACGGCCUUGGAAUCUCCUUCGCUCCGCUCGUUCCGUCUCAUCGGUCGCGCCCCCGCUCAUUCGCAUCCAGAAUGGCACCUUCUACGAGAACUAUCCCACCUCCGACGAUGCCGUCCAAGGCCAUAAUCCUCCCCUUUUCCCCGACUUCAACUUCACCCUGCCCUCCCGGUCGACCCCCACGAAGGACGGGCGUCUCACCCCGCAGACCUGGGCCGUGGUCGGUUCCGCUGGACGGACGCAAAUGCUCGAUGUGCUCCGCGGCCAAUACAUCUGCACGCCACCCACCGCGCGCAGCUACCCCUAUCUACUCACCGACGAGGUCGCCCAAAAAGAUCCCCGGCUGCGCUUUGCUGGCAACGCGAUUCAAUACAUUGGGUUCAGCGGGGAGGGUUCCGGGGCCAUUGGAGGCACGCGCGGAGCCUACCUGAGCGCGCGAUACGAGAGUCUCCGGGAGGAAACAGACUGGUCGGUCCGUCAGUAUCUCAAGGGUCAGACCUCGCUGAACCCGCUCGAGUCGGAGCAAGACGGAAAGGUCCACGAUGAGCAGUUGCUGACGCAGAUCAUCUCCGAGCUCCGGCUGGAGGAGUUGCUCGACAUGCCGGUGGCCAACCUGAGCAAUGGCCAGACCCGACGGACCCGGAUCGCAAAGGCCCUCCUCAGCAAGCCCGAGUUGCUCCUCCUCGACGAUCCCUUCAUGGGUCUUGAUCCAGCCACCGUCCGAAGCAUCUCCAGCCUUCUGCAGCGCCUGGCCGCCAAGUCCGACCCCCGACUCGUCCUCGCCCUACGGCCACAAGACCCCCUUCCGGAUUGGAUCACGCACAUCAUGGUCUUGGGGAACUCCAACCGGGUUCUGCUACAAGCUCCCCGCGCGGAAGCGGAGAAGGUGUUUAGUGUCUGGAAGAAAUUCGGCGAUUACGAGAAGCCUUCCGCCAAGGAGGACCCGUGGGUCCAUCAGACGUACGAGCAGGCCAAGGAGUUUAUCGACGCCGGCCAUCUCGAUCGCCAACUCAUCUGGGACAUGCGAUUGGCGCCUCUGCAUGGUAGAGGGCGAGUCACGGUGGUACCCCCGUCGUAUGCCCCCAAGGGUGGUGAGCCGCUCAUCGAGAUGGACGGCGUGCGAGUGCAAUACGGCGAGAAAUGCGUGCUGGGAGGCUGGACGCAGUCGGUCAAGGGCGAAGGCAAGGACGGACUGCACUGGAAGGUACGGCGUGGGCAGCGAUGGGCAGUGCUGGGGGCCAAUGGGUCAGGCAAGACGACGCUGCUGUCGCUCAUCACGUCGGACCACCCGCAGACUUACGCCCUCCCCAUCCGACUCUUUGGCCGCUCGCGUCUCCCCGAACCCGGCCGGCCGGGCCUGUCCAUCUUCGAGCUGCAAUCACGUCUUGGCCACUCCUCCCCGGAAAUCCACGCCUUCUUCCCCCGCCAGCUCACCAUCCGUCAGGCCAUUGAGUCUGCCUUCGCCGAAACCUUCCUCGCCAAACCUGUUUUGAACCACGAGCGCGACCUCGACGUCAGCGCCAUCCUGCGCUUCUUCCGCGCCGAACUCGACCCCGAUGCUGCGUCUUCCCUUACCCAGAAACCCGUCAAGGUCACCACCCCACGCGAUAUUUUCCCCACCCUCGUCAAAUCCGACACCGAUUUCUACAAUCCCGAUCACGGUGUCGAAUAUGCCGACACCAUCUGCUUCGGCGAGCUCAACACCGCCCAGCAGCGCCUCAUCCUUUUCCUGCGCGCCCUCGUCCACCGGCCCGACAUCGUCAUUCUUGAUGAAGCCUUUUCGGGGAUGCCGGCCUCGGUGCGCGACAAGUGUCUUAAUUUCAUCGAACAUGGCGAAUUCGUCCUCAAGCGCGUCGUCAAAGUCCUCCCCGCUCCUCCGGACGCCCGCUUUCGCGGUCUGACCGAUGAUCAAGCCCUCGUAAUGAUCUCCCACGUCCGCGAGGAGAUUCCCCGCUGUGUGCGCUAUUUCAUGCGCCUGCCGUCGGAUGCCGGCGAACAGCUGGACUUCCGGAUCGGUGCCCUCCAACCCCAAAAUACCCUGAGUGAUCCGAAUGUCUGGGACUCGGCCUGGGCACCGGACUUUGGGCCCCAGGCGGUGCCGGCCACGGCUGACCAGGUGCCCGAGGGGGAGCUCGUGAAGGAGGAUUUUGAGACAUAUGAGUGGUAUUCUAUCUGAUAGAGAUAUAUACACAUGUACAUUAUACCUAUAUGUAUAUUGGCUGCACUCCGUGGCUUUUACCCAAUCAUGUGAGCCAACGCACCCUCCCCCAAACGCUGCGUCCGAGCAGCGCACGCGUGGGAGACCAGGCGUACCGGCUGCCUCAGGUGUAACAUCCCUCGGUGCUUGGCGGAUUUGUUUGUUUGU